AUGACUGGAACGACAGAGUUCAAGGCAAUCUAUUCAUACACCAAGGAGCCUCUCCCUGGACUGAACAAAUUCGGGGACGUACCAAACCCCCAUACGCAGAGGAAGGCGGCACGGCGCCGCAAGAAUCAACUUCUGAGAAAGGAGGAUCCGGAAAGAUACCAGAGAGAAAUGGCAGAUAAGAAGGCGAUACGAGACGCACGUCUCCGAGCUGAACGAGAUGGCAAACGCCUUGAUUAA